AUAGUAUUUCGCCGAUCGUUCACUAAUGUGGACAUGUUAGUCUUUCGUGAUAUAAAUUGAACCAUUAAAAGUUGCUGAUUACCAUGGCUGAUAAAUUAGUUGAUAUACCAAUUCAAGACUUGACAAGUUUGCGAGAUCUUUAUCGUGAAGAUUGGCCUAAGUAUAAUAUUGGAUAUGGCACUGUAGAUACGUACGUAAGGUGGCUGAAUAAAGAUCCUAACAUUCCUCAUAUUCGAAUUUUAUCACUCAAUGGUGACUGGAGUGAUGGCACUUUUAUUAUUACGGACUGGAGUUCGCUCUUUGCCAACACUCGAAGCACCGAUUUCACUCGUCUAGUAAAAGCCCUGUCUCUGGUGGAUUGGAGCAAAGGGUACACCAUUGCUUCCAUUGGAUCAAGGCUGCUCGAUCUGAUAUAUAAAUUUGUUGAGGAAAAAAAUAUUGGUGUUAAAUAUAUAAAGGGUACCAAAUGGUUUCGAAUGCCCCACGAUGAAGCUGCGAAACUUAUCGUAAAUCCUCCUGAUGCGAUUACACUUAGACCCCUAACUGCGGAAGAUGUAGUAACUGCGAAUGCAUUGUGGCCCUUCAGACGUCCUGGCUCUUUAAUAUUCUUGCAACGUUUGGCAAAAUAUAAUAUAAGUGUUGGAGCUUUUACAACUGAUGGAGAGUUGGCUGCAUGGUGUUUCAGAAUUCCAGUAGGUAGUCUUGGAACUCUACAAGUUGUCGAAUCACAUAAACGAAAAGGAUUUGGAAGUUUGAUAGUUCGUGCUAUGGCGAAAGCUAUUGGCGAAACUGGAUAUGAUGUUUUUGCUCCCGUAGUGGUUGACAACUACCCGUCACUGAACAUGUUCGAGAAAUUGGGAUUUAAAGUGGUUGACACCAUGAACUGGCUACCACCAGCUAAACCCGGAUGCUGGCACGACAACGUGCCACAUUACUAGAGAAAUUAUAAUUUUGGAAAACUUCCUAUCUAGAUUUUUUUUACUCCUGUUCAGAAACAUAUAUCAGUAAAACAAUAGACUGAGACAACCGAAUUGUCGUGUUGACUAGCUUCUUUCUCCAUGUGGAGUAGUCUGAAAUUUAGAUACUCCGUAACGACCUUGCUUUAAUUAACUGUAACUUCAUCGGGGCCUCCACGCUUUCAUGAAACUUCGUUAUGUAUUGUAAAGAGCCAAUAUGGGCGACGACUAGAGGUAGUUCCAAAGGUCUUUAUUAUUUCUCCAUGACGUCAAUUCAAUAAAAAGCAUUUUGAAGUUAAAAGUCGAGCUCGUAGCAAUCCACUAAAAUGUUUUGAAAUUUUGGUUAAUCCAUAGAAUCCUUCAUUUAACCUUCAUGUACAAAGAGGAGUCGACUGAAGGCCGGGCCUCACAACUUUACUUGCAAAUAAAUGCUCCAACAUAUAGAGUCUAAUUUCUGUAAGAAAAUUUCUCGAUUUUGAAAAGCACGUACUUGAAACAUGUUUUUGAAUACUUUUAGAAUUCUUGAUGAAUAUUUCAAAAAGCUCGUGUUGUAAUUUUGGUCACAAUUGUUAGGCUUUAGGAGGCAGAUUUCUGCUUCAAAUUAUCUUCUUGAGAAAAAUAAGAAUAGUA